CUGAUUAACAAGCCUGUUGUCAAGCCGAAGUGACGCGAUCACCUUGGUUUCGACUAACUGCGCGUGCGCAUCAGAGAUUUCCCAUCAUGGCGGCGUCGCUACAAAAAUAUGAGCUAAACAUCGGUGAUUGAAAAACUCCAUAAACAAAAAAAACACAAAUGAGACCAUGCAUAGUGACAAGAAAAUAACCAAGGAAGACACAUGGAGACCAGCUGACCUGAGAAGACAUAUCAGGGAGGAAGGACAUGGUGAUGUCUAUGUCAGGAGGCGAGAUGACAAUGAGAGAAAGCACCGUGGUGGGGAAUCCAUAGAGAGAGGCCGCAGAGACCCAGAGAAGGACUCCAGACGAGAGCAAGACAAGCGCAGGGAAAGGGAGAGGUCAAGAGAGAGGAGAGAUGAAGACGGAAUAGACAGAUAUGCCGAUCAAAUUAAAGAGGGCUCGCGGGACAGGAGAGGUGAUAAGGAAAGAGACAGAAGAGAUGAGAGGCACAAAUACAAGGAGAAGAGGAAGGAGAGGGACAGACAGGUAGAUGGAAAUAAGUGCAGUGAUGAUUACAGAGAGAAUAGGGACAGGAGGAGGGAUAGAGAGGAAAAGCAGAAUAGGGAGAGAGACAUGGAAAGACACAGAGAUAAAGAGAAAGACAGGGUAAAGGAUAGAGACAGACACAACGAGGAGGACAGGGACAAAAGAAGGGAAGAGAGAGACAAAGAAAGAAGGAGAGAAGAACGGGACAGAGAGCACAGGACUGAAAGAGAGAGAAGGAGACACGAGGAAAGUGUAGAGGGAGGAAGAGAUCGGAUAGUAAAGUAUGAUAGAGAACAGAGGGACCGGUAUCGGGUGCGAGAGCGGCACAGAGAUGAUUAUGAAGAAAAGAGGAAUGACAAAGAAAGACGAGAAAGACAUGGAGACAGGAAGCCUUCAGAAUGGAAGGAGGAAAGAGAGUACAGAGAAGAACAUAGAAGACAUCAAGAGGAGAGAGAAAGGAGAUACAAAGAGAGACGAUAUCAUGAUGAAAAACAGAAGCAUGACAGUGAAUCAAGGGAGCAUCGGUACUCGAAGGGGCCAGUUGAAGAGGAAAGGCAUAGUCGUGUCGACAGAGAGCGAGCAGAAUGGGACAAAUACAAAGAGAGAAGGCACAGAGAGAAAGAAGAUCCAGAAAAAAAACACGGAGACAGAAGGCACAGAGUAGAAGAGGACCUAGAAGGAAAUCUCAGAGACAGAACCAGCUCCAAGAAAUCAGCCUCUGACAAAAGUCAUAGGCAUGAGACUCAUACAACAGAAAAAGAGGAAGUUGAGAUCGUGUCUGAGGACCGGACAACUAGUGUGAAAGAUGUAGGAGACACAGAAGAGCCUGUUGUCAAUGAUGAAGAUUUGGCUGACCAGGAAUAUGAAGAUGAUUUUGAGGAUUAUGAGGAAGAUUUUGAGGAGAUCGAUCAGAGUGAAAAUGAAGGUGAGGAUGAGAAGGAGCCAGAUUUUCCACAAGUGGGAGAAGAAAGAGAAGAACUUAUGGCACAAAAGAGAAAGGAGAUAGAAGCUAUUCAGAAAGCAAUGAAUGAAGAGAAUGAGAGAGUUGGAACAGCUCAGUUCAGACAAAGUACAAGCAGAGGGGAGGAUGACGAGCCUAAAUGGUCGAGAGGAUUUGAAAAGAACCAGAGUCGAGCUUCUCAUCGUGGGAAGUUUAUUGACUUUGUGGCAGCAAAACAACGUGAAGUCAGCAAGAAAGUUGCCACAAAACAGAAGAAACGCAGCACAGAGCUGCUUCGUUUAAUUGAUCUGGAUUUCUCAAUGACAUUCUCCCUUUUGGAUCUGCCACCUGUCAAUGAGUAUGAUAUGUAUAUAAGAACCUUUGGAACUGCAAAUACCAAACAGGCUUAUGUUCAGUGUAAUGAUGAUAAUGCAGAUCGAGACAUUCAAACAGAGGAGAUAGAGGUGUGUGAGAAGUGGACACAGCAACCUCCAGAGCACAAUGGAGCCUGUGGGGAUCCAAACCUCUCUCGGGAAGCACGAGAAAAAAACAUAUAUGAAAUGAACUUUGAUUCCCAGCGUCUGACAGCAUUUCUGUGCUCAGCCUCACAGGUCAUGGUUGUCCUGUUGGAAGAGGAUCAAGCCGAGAGAAAAUCCCUGAGGAAGUUGAGGACUCAAACAGACACACUUUCUUUCAGCGAUGGAAGUUUACAGCUCAACACUAAGUUGCCUUUUCUUUAUGGUCGCCACAUCAGCCUGGUGCACUUCUCUCAGGUCCAAAGGCACACCAUGAUGUCAGUCCACAUGCCUACAAGUAAGCCCAGUGCUGUGCGUCUUGACAGCUGCACCAUCAUCUGCAUCUGGAACAUCUGGGAGCCAUCCAGACCUCAGAAGAUCCUUAUCUACGAAUCGGAGGUGCAGUGUUGCUGUUUCAGCCCUGGAAAGGCCAUAUUAGUGUUUGCAGGCACGUCAGUUGGCUCUGUGGUGCUGUGGGACCUGAGGGAGCAUGCUGGUAACCACUACCGCCUGAAGAUAGGGGAGGAUGAGCUGACCUUCAGACAGCCUACCUUCUCCACUGAUGCAGUGAUGGCUGGCUCAGGCCAUUUCUCAUCUGUGACCUCUGUAGAAGUUGUUCCCUCCACUGUAGCAGGAGGGGUUAGGCCAGAGGUCCCUCUGUUGGCAUCUGAGGAAGAGUCAUCAGGAUUGUCAUUCCAGCUGGCUUCUUUGGAUGAAAGCGGGGUUUUAAAUUUCUGGGUGGUAGUGGAACUCCCAAAAGCCAACCAGGCAGGCUCUGCAACAGAUCUAGGGCUCAGGCCUGGGGGGAAAGUUAAGUUGCUUCACAGCUCCUCCCUCCUCACUGCUGAGAGGGUAUCACCACGAAAUGCACCUAAAACAGGGCCAUUACAGACUCUUCAUUUAAAGUUCCUUCCAACUGACUCCAAUCAUUUCUUUAUUGGCACCAAUAUGGGUUUAGUCAUUCAUGGAGCGAGUCACGGUUUGAAAGCCCCUCCAAAGUUUUACAGGUUUCAGGAGGCUGGAGUCCGACCUGUCGAUGUCAGCUCAAUCCACUUUUCUCCCUUCAGACAAAACUUGUUCUUGGUGGGUUGUGGGGAUGGUAGCAUCAGGUUACAUGCAGUCAGCCACGAGCAGCCUGUGGCAGAGUGGAAGAACGGUACAGCAGGUGAACCGGUGGUCUCACUUCAGUGGGCCCAAACCAGGCCGACAGUCUUCUGUGUGCUUGAUGCAGCCUCUAAUCUCCACAUAUGGGACCUGCUGAAAAGUGACACAGCGCCUGUGGUCACUGAGAGGAUGUCUGCGGAUAGGGUGAAAGCCAUGGCCUUGUUUGGAGACUCAGGACAACAAAACACAUAUUCAGGAAUAGCCCUGGUGCAUGAGUCAGGAAAAAUAGAAAUCCAGUAUUUCAAAAGAGAUUUUACUGUACUCAUUCCUGCAGAAGAGGAGAAGUUGGAGAGUAUAAUGACUGAAGCCUUCUGAAACACUUCAUCUGAAAUGGCUGUAUUUAGUCUGAUGUGCUUGGGUUAAUUCAAAUGAUUUACUACACACUGCUGAAGAGCAGAAAGAGAUCAAUUUAUGAAUCUGUUUUUGUCACUGUCACAUUGUACAGUAUAUGUCAUAAUUAAAUAUGACGUUUGUUAGGUUUUUCAUCUGGCUAGAAACUUUUACAUCAACAUAGCGAGGACGGGAACGUGGCUCAAUACCAAAGAUCCUUUACAGGGGCUACAAUUCAUUUACCCUACAUAAACACUUUAUUAGAAACAUCUAAUGUAAAUGUUUGUUGUUGUAAAUAAUUAUACGUUUUGACUAAUAUGAAAUAUUUGUAUAGUGGUACCAAGUUUAAUUUUUAUACAAUAAACUAAGUAUAUCUGUAGUUGUGUUAUUUAAUG